GGUUUAUGCGAGCUUCCAGCCAUGGCAGUGGGCUUGCUGCCGGCGCUCGCGAUCACGGCGCCUCCUCCUCCUUAUUUCCGAUGUGAGAACGCGCGGCUCCAGCGCCAGCAUUUCUCGGCAUUGCGAUCGACGAUUCCUCUCAAUGUCAGGCAAUCCAGGCGGCGUUCCUCAAGCGUUCCAAGGCGCAGCGCAGCCGCCGAUGAUCGGGAUUUCUUGGAAGAAUCACCGCCAGUAGUGCCGCAAAAGCAAGAGCAGCGGUGGAGGAUUGGAUGGAAGUGGCUGGGGGUUGUCACCGGUCUCACGGGAUUUCUCUUUGUGGGAUACAUUGCCGUAAAGAGAGUGACAUCGGUGGAUGUAUCGAGCUCCACGCAGCUUGCGCGUAGCGGCUCAGGAUUUUCCUUCACAGCCAACAUCUUCGGGAGGCAAAUCUUUUUGGGAGAGCGAACGCCCGGGUGGAUUUAUUUCCUCUUGCUCAUGGCUGCUGGAUUUGGUCUCUUUGUGAGUGAGGAAGCGCUCAUUGUCUGGGUUGGAGCUGCCAUUGCUCGUAGCUUGACUUGGAACUCAACUCGAGAGGUUUUUUGGUCUUCUGUCUCGCAGAAUGUAACUUUCAUUCUGUCGACGAUCUUGUGGGUUUACUGGGGAGUGUGUAUAAGCGAUAUGGUUCCAUUCUACGCUGGAAAGCUCACAGCGCAAUCCGGUUCUGGGGAGAGUUUCCGCAGCAAGCUAGGAAUCAGCAAGGAGAAGCUAGAAGAGAUCGCUAAAGCUGUUCAACGCUAUGGCAACCUCAUUGGUUUUGUCGAGCGAUUUUCAGUUGGAGCAAGGAAUCCAACUUCAUUUCUCGCCGGAGCCAGUGGGAUUGAAGCCUCGAAGUUCUUUGCGGGAGUUUGCUUGGGCGGCCUUCUGACACUCCCAUUACAGAUGAGCGUUGGUUUCAUGCUUCGUGAUCGACCAGUUGUAGCAUUGGCAGGAGUAGCAGCUUUUGUGGGAAUUUGGACCGUGUUUCCAUACCUCACUGCAACAUUUCUCUCCAUUUUCUACUUGCAAACGAAUCAGCAACAGCAAACCUCCAACACCAGAACUGAGGAAACAAAGGGAGAUCAGGAAACAAAAUAGCGACAAUCGUCAUCGUUCCCACAAUUUUGAUAGAACACAAGGAGAUUGAAUUCAAAGGAAACCAAAAAUAAUGAGCCGCUGGCCUUUUAUAUCACAUUGUUGUGUGUUCUACACCUUUUGGGAGGUCGGGAACGCCAUUGUGACG